AUGUCCUCUUCUACUGGUUUUGAAGACAAGACAGAGUCAUCUCAACUCAAAUCAAGAAUAAAUAAAAAGACAAAUGUCGAAGAAAUAGUAGCUGAUGAAGCAGAAGAUGUUUCAAAGACAGCUAAAGGCGUACAAAAGGGUCAAAACCCACUAUUGAAGGUAGAAGCAUAUGCCAUGCCGAUCGUUUUCACCUUAAUUGCUUUAUUCGUCAGAAUGUACAAGAUUGGUGCUAACAGUCACGUCGUUUGGGAUGAAGCCCAUUUCGGUAAGUUCGGCUCAUACUAUCUAAGACACGAAUUCUAUCACGAUGUUCAUCCUCCAUUAGGGAAGAUGUUAGUCGGUCUAUCUGGUUAUUUGGCCGGUUACAACGGUUCAUGGGAUUUCCCAUCUGGUGAAUCUUAUCCAGACUACAUUGAUUAUGUUAAGAUGAGAAUUUUUAACGCUUCCUUCUCCGCUAUGUGUGUUCCAGUAGCUUAUUUCACCGCUAAAGCUAUCGGUUUCCAAUUACCAACUGUUUGGUUAUUCACAUGUUUGGUUCUUUUCGAAAACUCUUACGCUACUCUAGGUAGAUUUAUUCUAUUAGAUUCCAUGCUAUUAUUUUUCACCGUGCUAUCCUUCUACUGUUUUGUUAUGUUCCACAAUCAAAGAUCAAAGCCUUUCUCCAGAAAAUGGUGGAAAUGGUUAGGUAUGACCGGUUUAAGUCUUGGAUGCGCCAUCUCUGUUAAAAUGGUCGGUCUGUUUGUUAUUACUUUGGUUGGUAUAUAUACCGUGAUCGAUUUAUGGUGUUUCUUAGCUGACAAGAAAAUGUCAUGGAAGACUUAUAUUAACCAUUGGUUAGCUAGAAUUAUCUGUUUGAUCGUGUUCCCAUUCUUAGUCUUCUUACUAUGUUUCAAGAUUCAUUUCAUUCUAUUGUCUCAUUCCGGUACAGGUGAUUCCAACAUGCCUUCUUUGUUCCAAGCUGGUCUAGAAGGUUCCGACGUCGGAAUGGGUCCUCGUGACGUUGCUAUCGGUUCUUCUACUUUCUCUAUUAAGAAUCAAGCUUUAGGCGGUGCUCUAUUGCAUUCUCAUAUUCAAACCUACCCUGAAGGUUCCCAACAACAACAAAUUACUUGUUAUGGUUUCAGCGAUGCUAACAACGAUUGGUUCUUAGAUUACGCUAGAGGUGAAACUGCAUUUGACCCAGAAAAUAAUGAUACUGCCAUUGAUUUCGUUAGAGAUAACGGCAUGUACAGAUUAGUUCACAAGAGCACUGGUAGAAACUUACAUUCUCAUCCAAUUGCGGCUCCAGUCUCUAAGACCGAAUGGGAAGUCUCCUGUUAUGGUAAUAAAGAUCAAGGUGAUUUCCAAGAUAACUGGAUCAUUGAAAUUGUUGACCAAAGAGGUGAAGAAGAUAAGACUAUGCUACAUCCAUUGACUUCUUCUUUCCGUAUCAAGAACGCUGAACUGGGAUGUUACUUAGCUCAAACUGGUGUUAACUUACCAGAAUGGGGUUUCAGACAAAGUGAAGUCGCUUGUGUUAAGAAUCCUUUCAGAAGAGAUAAGAGAACUUGGUGGAAUAUUGAAACACAUGAAAAUGAAAAAUUACCUGAAAGACCAGAAAAUUUCAAAUAUCCAAAGACUAACUUCAUUAAAGAUUUUAUUCACUUGAAUUUAGCCAUGAUGGCUACUAACAAUGCUUUGAUUCCAGAUCAAGAAAAAUAUGAUUCCUUAGCUUCUUCUGCUUGGGAAUGGCCAACUCUUCAUAUCGGUCUAAGAUUGAACGGUUGGAACGAUGAAUCCGUUAAAUACUACUUAAUCGGUACUCCAACUUCUACUUGGGCUUCUACUAUUGCUGUUUUGUCUUGUAUCCUUGCUGUCGCUGUCUUAUUUUUCAGAUGGGAAAGACAAUUACCAAACUUUGCCUCUAGUGAAACUUUGAACGUCUUUAUGAUGGGUGUCUUUUACCCACUAUUAGGUUGGGGUUUACAUUUCAUGCCAUUUGUUAUCAUGUCCAGAGUCACAUACGUUCAUCACUACUUACCAGCAUUAUAUUUUGCAUUAAUCAUCCUAGCUUAUUGUUUCGAUGCUUUAUUAAGACAAACUUGUCUAGAAAAGAAAUGCCCAAAGAGUGGUAAAUUUAUUAAAUGGGGUCUAUUUACUCUAUUCUUCUUUGGUAACAUUGCAUGUUUCAUUCUAUUCUCUCCAAUUUCAUUCGGUAUGGACAAACAUGUUGUCGAAUACGAAUAUUUGGACUGGUUGAAAACAUGGACCAUUACUAACCGUCAUUGA